GUGGGACUGAAGGACAUUAGGAGGACUUGGGAGUUGCUGGGCAGAAGACACAAAAGCAGGCCUCUCCUGAUAAAUAUUGUGGGACUGUUUGAGAGCUAUGGAAAAUCUGCCUUCUGCAGAAGUCACAGCCCAGUCAGCAGGAAACGUUGAAUGCAGGAUCAAUACAAUUCUUGGGCCUUCUGCUUUAUUACCACUCACGCCCUGGAAAUUGUUGUGUGGUCGAGAGCCAUUGAUAUAUGCCUCACAUGUGACUGAUUCCUGUAGACGUACAUCUGAUUUUUUCCCCACUGUCUGAUAAAACGUCAUUUAUCAUGAGACCAUUUAUUAAAUCAUGGAUUCCUCAGUGUUCGUGGAUUCUCAGGACGUCUUGCAGAUUAUUCCAUGGAUGCAACAGGCUUUUUACAUCUCAGAUUAUUUCAUAUUAUGACUCUAUAAACCAGUAUGAAAAGGAACUGCCAGAAUAUUUCAAUUUUGCAGGUGAUGUCUUAGAUGAGUGGUCGCAACUGGAAAAGAAUGGAAGACGACCAGCAAAUCCAGCUUUUUGGUGGGUAAAUGAUGAAGGAGAAGAGGUGAAGUGGAGCUUUGAAGAGUUAGGAUUUCUAUCUAGGAAAGCAGCUAAUAUACUUUCUGAGGCAUGUGGUUUGCAGAGAGGAGACAGAGUUAUAGCAGUUCUGCCUCGUGUUCCUGAAUGGUGGCUACUCAGUGUAGCCUGUAUGCGAACAGGAAUUGUCUUUAUUCCAGGAACAUCCCAAUUAACAGCCAAAGACAUCUUAUACCGACUUCAGGCUUCAAAGGCCAAGUGCAUCAUUACCAACGAUACACUGGCACCCGCAGUGGAAUCUGUCAUGCCUGACUGCCAGUUUCUGAAAAGCAAACUAAUUGUAGCCAAAGGGAGCAGAGAUGGGUGGCUGAACCUCAAAGAACUAUUUGCGGUGACAUCUGCGGACCAUAAAUGUGUCAAGACAAGGAGUCAAGACCCAAUGCUGAUUUAUUUUACUAGUGGAAGUACAGGCUCUCCAAAAAUGGUGGUGCAGUCCCACAGCAGUUAUGGCAUUGGAUUUGCAACCAGUGGCAGGUACUGGAUGAACUUGACUCCUUCAGAUAUAAUGUGGAAUACUGCUGAUACUGGAUGGGUAAAAUCAGCUUGGAGCAGUGUUUUUGCACCAUGGAUCUGUGGAUCUUGUGUCUUUGUACACAAUAUGCCACAGUUUAAACCAACAGUUAUUGCAGAGACUCUCUCAAGGUACCCCAUCACUACCUUUUGCACUGCUCCCACUGCCUACCGCAUGCUGGUCCAACAUGAUCUGAGCAGCUACAAGUUCAUGAGCCUGAAACACUGUUUGUCUGGAGGGGAACCACUCAAUCCUGAAGUGAUGGCAAAGUGGAAAAUCCAGACAGGGCUGGAUAUCUAUGAAGGUUAUGGCCAGACUGAAACGGUAACAAUAUGUGCCACUAUGAAAGGAAUGAAAAUUAAACCUGGCUCUUUGGGAAAAGCUGUUCCCCCUUAUGAUGUGCAGAUCAUAGAUGACCAUGGGGCUAUUCUGCCUGCGGGAGAAGAAGGCAACAUUGCCAUCCGAAUUCAACCUAUGCGACCAUUCUGUCUGUUCACCGAGUACUUGGAUAAUCCAGAGAAAACUGCUGCCUCCGUGUGUGGAAAUUUUUAUGUCACUGGGGACAGAGGGGUUAUGGAUGAAGAAGGAUAUGUCUCGUUUGUUGGAAGAGCUGACGAUAUAAUUAAUUCUUCUGGGUAUCGUAUUGGCCCAUUUGAAGUCGAAAGUGCAUUAAUACAACACCCUGCAGUCCUGGAGUCAGCUGUUGUCAGCAGUCCUGAUCCAAUUCGAGGGGAGGUAGUCAAAGCCUUCAUUGUUUUAACUCCUGCUUUUGUAUCACACGAUCCCGAAAAAUUAACUCAUGAGCUUCAGCAACAUGUCAAGAAGGUGACUGCACCUUACAAGUAUCCAAGGAAGGUGGAGUUUGUUCUGGGUCUGCCAAAGACAGCUACUGGGAAAAUCCAGAGAAAAGUUUUAAGGAACAGAGAGUGGGGAAAAGUGUAACAUGAUUUGGAAACUGAGGAGAGAAAACUUCCGUCAUCCGUACCAGCCAUAGCACAUCGCAAUUGGCAUGUGGUCGUGACCCAGAGCACUAGGAGAACAUAUGAAAAAACAAGCUAUGUAAAAAAAAAAAAAAAAAAAAAAAAGAGAGAGAUAACACUCAUAUGGCUUGAGGAUGUGUGGUAUUAGAAGCACUUUUGCCAUCAACCUACAAAUUUUCAGAAGGGAGAAGGUGCAAGUAAUUAAGAAUGAGGAAUGGGAGAGAGAAGGGAUAGAUCUGGGAGCUUACAAAGUUUUAUUUUUUUUGCUGGAAUUAGUAUAAACAGUUUGCUUUAAAAAAAAAAGUGUAAUGACAGCAUUUUGAUAAUUGCAAAUAAAUGAGAAAUUAAUAAAAAUAAUCUUUGUCCUGUAGUGGGUGUCAGCAGUGAAGUGAUGUUCUCUCUUCAAAAACUAUCCCUGUUUCUGAGUGGAAGGAGAGAGACAUAUUCUUUUAACUACUUCAGCUUGAUGAAUU